CCGAUUUGUUCAAUGGCACAUGGCACAGCACAGAUGUAGACUUGUAGCUGGUAAAUCAUGCUAGAUGGGACGGCGGAAGGAGCCAACACCUUAUGAUUCCCGCUUCGUGCGGAAGCGGCAGAAACAAAGACAAUAUUGGAAGAACCAAUGCGCUCUUCUGCGGCGUUUAUUCAUCUUCUUACAUCAGAUUCUGUGAGCGCAAACCUUGCUGCGGCAAAGCGGCUGUGGGCUUCUUUAGGGCCUUUGAAGAGGACCUUCCGUGGCUUGGUCGAUGAUUGCGCGAGGCUUUUGGUUGAGACAGCUGAGACAGUGGAGCUUCAGCCUCGGCAACGCAAACCCAAAGCUGCGGGAACGACAGUUGAUAGCUCGGACGCGACGAAAGACGAGUGUCUACACAAGGGCAUGUGCUCUGACUCUGACAUGGAAAGUGUUGCUUCUACCUGUCUCCUUUGCGAAUGCUCAGAAACUGCUUGGUGAUCGAUCACAAGCUUCAGCCAUUCUAGAAGCUUGCUUUCGAGAGUGCGCCUCGUUAAAGUUGCCCUUGCCUCCUGUCUUUGAGAGUUCUCUGCUAGAAGAAUUGUCCCAGUUUGACGACAAGGAAACCAUGGCGACCUUGCUACGCACUUUUGGUCUCGCGGUGGUGUCUAAAGGCCAAGGUCCAGUCUGCGCCUUGCUGCGGCAGUUCCACGAACAACUCGUGAAGGACAAGGAAGCCACGGCCAAGGGAAACGAGCAAACUGACAACAAGGAUGGCCAGCAGGACACUGAGAGCAAGCCUGGUAGUGAGACGGCUGCGCCGGUGCGGCCUGAGUUUGUUGUGGGUGAGGUGGUGAAAACCAUCUCAUCCAUUCACAAAGACCGUUUGCGUGACAAGAAAGCAAAGGUCGUGCAAGUUUUGAGCAAGGAGUGUCGUGUUGAGUUUCUCGAAGGCGAAGCUCGAGGAGAAAUCAAAGAUUUUCCCAAGGCGAGGCUGACUAAGUUUGCAGAAAGCCCUAAGCGCUCGCCGGCUGGGGACCCUGCCCCUGAAAGCGCAAAGCGCGCACGGGCAGAAGCUUUGUUUGGUGCAGAUGCGGACAUGAUUUAGGACGACUGCGCAGCCGGAAAAAGCUGAAGUCUGUGAUUUGCCGCUAUCCGCCGCUAAUGAGCCGCUAACGUAACAUGUCCAGACCUAAAGAAGGGUUCCAGCCUUGGAAACAUAAGAGUGUUCCACCAGCUUCAACUCUUCUACCCACAAGCAUCCUGCAAACCAGCUGCUCACCUACUUCAGGGAACAAGGCCAGAGCAGAGAAUAUAUAGUAAGGGCUAACGCCCUGGUGCCGCCGACCCCCAUUUUUGCAGCCGAAGCAGGUGUGCAGUCGCCGUGGAUUUGUUCAGUUUUACCCCAAAAGUUGAAACUCACAGCAUGCAGAAAGAAAGCUUGCCAAGUCAAG